CAGAAAACUUCCCAGCUAAGCAACACUUCACACAACUCGACAUCCUUCAUUGUGACGAACACAGAAGCUAAGGAAAACUAAAAGAAGACAGUUAUCUCACAUUUGGCUGCCAGCUUUUUAUCUUUCUCUUGACCAUCUUGGGACUGUAGACUGCUGCCUUCCCAGUAUCAUGGAGAAAGUCCAGUACCUCACUCGCUCUGCUAUAAGAAGAGCCUCUACUAUUGAAAUGCCCCAACAAGCACGUCAAAACCUCCAGAACCUAUUUGUCAAUUUCUGUCUCAUCUUAAUAUGUCUCCUGCUAAUCUGCAUCAUCGUGAUGCUUCUCUGAAGUUCUGCUGCAGACUCAAGACAUGCAACUUGCCACAUCAUCUUAAAAUCUGCCAUCCCACGAAGAGGGGAAAACACCAAAGCAUACUUCCCAAGUAGAAAAAUUUCCUUGUCAAAACAUUAAGAUUAAGAGCAAAAAUUGUUAGCAAAUAUAUUCAUCUGCUGGAUCUUGUAAACAUGAAAAGGGCUUAUUUUCAAACCAUAUAAUGACUAUAAGUGCAUAAAAAUGUAACUGCUGAUUUCCUCAAAAUGGUUUAUGAAUGUCUUUCAGAGUUUUAAUUUGGAAACAGCACUGCUAGUAAGUUCACUUUAUAUGUAUAGCCUCAUCUUUACUCAUUGAGGUAAUAUAAUUUAUGUUGCACUUUAAAAACUCUUAAGAUAAUAAGUAUUCAAAGUUUUCACCAAGUACUCAAAUAAUUUAAAUGAAGUGGCCUUUAAAUUAACCCACUGAUUUCUCACAUCUAUAUACUUUUACUAUUUUUAAUUACAAUUCUUGGUAAUUAGUUUUUAUCAGAGCCUAUAUUCUAAAACUGUUUUCAUUUUCUAUUCUAGAUUAACAUUCUAACAUUCUAGUUUAAGUAAGUUAACCUUUCUUUCUGGGACGUAAAAUGAUAUUUUUAAGUCAAAAAGCACUGAUAUGUACUGGUUAUCAAAUACCCUAACUUGUCAUACUCUAUCUUUGGUUUCACAGAUAGUCUUCUAUUCCAACCUUAUAACCAAUGAAGGCAAGGAAACAAAAAAAUUUCCAAUGAGAAAUAUAUUAUCUCAAGCAUUAUGAGAAAUAAACAUUUGAAUUCUAUCUCCAAAUAUUAACUAAUUCCUAUAUUAUAUUUUAAACAAAAUUCUGACCUAUAGGAUGUAACUAUUUUCCUGAAUCUACCAAUCAGACAAUUAAUACUCAUUUUGUAGGCUACAUCAAUGAGCUCAGGAAAAGAUCCAGAAAUGCUAAUCUACAAUUUCUUUCUUACUGAAUAUAUUUUCAAUUUCCCUUGUCAUUUUUAAACAUCCUCUAACAACUAAUAAAAUAACAGAAGUAAAAAAUGUUUCAGAAAUAAAUACACUAAAAUUUAACCCAAGUCCAAAGUGGCUUACAUUCAAGAUAUAGUAUAUAUUUUUAUAAUUAUAUAAUUAUA